AAUGUCAUUACGUGGCCUUACUUGAGCGUGCCGAAUAAAUAGUGUUAAAUAAAAUAAAACAAGCUGUUAUUGUAUUAAAAGGAGAUAUUAAACAAUUUCAGUGAAAAUUCUAGUUAAAAAUAUUAUCACAAUGUUUAAUUUAUCUAAACCGUUAUGGGUUAUUUCAGUGAUAUUAGCCGUAGUCAUAUCAUCGAUAAAUUGUUACACUAUCACAGUGGACGCACACGCCGAAGAAUGUUUUUUUGAAAAUGUGGAAGCCGACACUAAAAUGGGGCUAACAUUUGAAAUAGCUGAAGGAGGUUUCUUAGAUAUAGAUGUAAAAAUCACUGGCCCUGAUGGUGCAGUGAUAUACCGGGGCGAGAGGGAGUCCUCAGGAAUGUACACAUUCUCUGCUCCUACCUCUGGUCGGUACACAUAUUGUUUCAGUAAUCAAAUGUCCACAAUGACACCAAAGGUAGUGAUGUUUAACUUUGAAGUGGGGGAAGCACCACACAAAGACGCAGGUGAUAAAGAGAAGGAUGUGGACCACAACAAACUAGAGGACAUGAUCAAGGAGCUAGGUUCUACCCUUAAAACUGUUAAAAAUGAACAGGAAUAUAUGCAGGUACGAGACAGAAUUCACCGUUCCAUCAAUGAAAGUACGAACUCUCGUGUGGUAAUGUGGUCUAUAUUUGAAGCAUCUGUGCUUCUAGUCAUGACCUUGGGACAAGUCUACUACCUCAAGAGAUUCUUUGAAGUGCAACGAGUUGUCUAAUGUUUGUUAAUAUUGUGUGGCGUUUAUAGUAUUUAAAUAAAUUUUUUAUAAUGAUGACUGAGAUGCAUGAAAUCAUUUUGGUAUGUUGCAAAACUAUGUGUGAAUACCAUCGAUCUCCUAUUAAAAGUGGAUGCAGAAUCAGCAACCAAAAAACGAGAGAACCCCACUCAAUGAGUGCCUAACACAAUUUCUUGGCACUCAAUUCAAGUAGUCGCAUUUGCAAAUUCAAACUUAAACUCAAUCCUUAAGGUGAAUUUGCUCUGAAUUUGGGAUUUUAUUGAAUAUUGGACUAUAUUCAAAGGAUUUUAGGUAUAAUUUUCUUUACCAGUAAUUCUAAAACUGCCAAAGCAAAAUUUGCCUGUUUUUAUGUGACAUUUUCUACAUGUUGUGCGUCCUUUUAUUAUAAGAGGUCAAUGGAGAACACAGAACAUUUUCUUUCGUUAUUUAUUGUGAACAACUCCAAGGCUAAUCUACUGAAUGAAAUUAAGUGAUGAAUAAUGUAAAUAAGACAACUAAUAUAAUAUAAUUGAUCUGUUUAUUUGUACAGUACAUAUACAAUUUAAUUUUUUGAAUGCAAUGCAAUAGUAGAUAACGUAACACUGUAGUACUUAUUCGAGUUAAUGAGAUGCAAUGACUGAUUUUUCUUAAAUAAGAUCUACAUGUAUAUAAAAAGGAAAGAUUAUUUCAUUAAAACAUAUAAUUGUAGACCCUUUUUACUUCAUUACACUUUACUUUACAACUAUAUUGACAGGGAUUGUUUCAGUAAAACUGUAAAAAUCAGUUUCAUUGCAUUCCUCCACAUCAAUUUGUUUGCCUUGUUGUAUAGAAGAAUUGUUUAUAACAUUUUUGAGAAAUAGUGUAUACUGUACAUUUUCUAAAUAAUAAAGUAGAUUGUUUGUAA